AUGGCCGACCCUCUUUCUUUGGCAGCCAGUAUCGCCGGCUUGAUCUCUCUGGCUGAUCUUGUUUUCAAGACAACUUUCAAAUUCGUCAGAGCCGCCAAGGACACAAAGGAUGAGAUUCAGAAUCUUCUUGACGAGAUCAACAAUCUGGCCAGCGUGUUGAGACGCCUCGAGGCUUUGACAUCAGACCUGGAGGAUGAAGGGCAGUCUUUCGAUCCGACAUUAAGGAACCACUACCUGAACCACUGCUACAAGACAUUCAACAAAAUCGAUUCAAGAGUCAGAAAAGCAUCUGAGAGCUUCAAAAAAUCCAAGUUUGACGGCAUCAUUCGACAGCUCAAAUGGCCCUUCUCAUCCUCAGAGACAAAAGAGCUUCUGGCCGAGCUGUCUCGACACAAGGAAACCAUCAAUGUAGCCCUUCUUGCCGACUCAAUGCGGAAAAUGCAGCUAUCGCUCUCCAAGUCUGAUGAAAUAGACAAGAAGAUUGCCGCCUUAGGAGAAGUGGCAAGAAGAAUUGAGAUCAACACCACGAUAGCCAUCAAUGAUCGAAAGAAACGCAUUCUUGAUCAUUUCAUGAAAGUAAACCCACAGCCCGCGCUACAAACAAGUAUCAGGCUUCGCCAUUCAAUGACAGGACUCUGGCUGACUGAGUCGCCAACUUUUGUUCGCUGGCUCGAAACGCCAGGCUCCAAAAUAUGGCUGACUGGAAUACCUGGAGCAGGCAAAACUGUCCUUGCUGGCUCCGUCGUUCAAGAAGCUCUCACUCGCAGUCACACUUCUCGUAAAAUAGGAGCUGCGUUUUUCUUUUGUGACUACAAGGAUUCGAAAACAUGGAAUAUUGUGAAUAUCUUGGGUGCAUUGGCUUCUCAACUUGCACGUCAAAAUGAUGAAUCUUUUCAUCUCCUGAACGCGUACUACGAGGUUCUUUACCCUCCAAAGGGACUCCCACAGACUGCAGAUGCCGACGAACUACGAGCCCAGAUCAGUCAAAUGUGUAAAACAUUUGAUCAGACCAUCAUUGUCAUCGAUGGCCUCGAUGAGUGCGAUGAUAUGACCGACGAAGUCGUGGACAACUUGAUCCAAUUAGCCGACUACUCUGAUGGGCUCUCAAUGGCCCUUUUUAGCCGGGACCACUACAACAUCCGCGUACGGCUCGAAGGAGAAUUUGAAAUAAUCCAAAUAGCAGCGCAUACUGAGGAUGUUGAACUAUACGUCAAUGCCGAAGUUGAUAAGAGGAUCCGUACACGACAACUGCAGCUGACCAGUGCGGAUAUCAAAGAGGAGAUCCGAAGCGCUUUGGUGGGAAAGGCCGAUGGAAUGUUCAGAUGGGUGGUUUGUCAGUUGGACUACCUGUGUAACUGUGCCCAUGACCAAGAGCGCCGCGAGGCUUUGACCAAACUCCCGCCCGAUCUUCCUGAGAGUUAUCGUCGUCUUCUUGAGCGAGUUAGCAAGUGCUCUCUUUGGGUACAAAACAUGGUCCAGAUGUCUCUGCACUUCAUGGCCGUAGCAGACCCAAAGCUGACAAUAGUUGAGCUUCAACAAGCGGUCUCAACGCCAGCAAUAGGUGGGACGCUAGAGGAGAGAAACAUUAUACCGGAGUUCGAGAUAAUGAAGAGGUGUAGCAGCCUCAUCCGAAAAUCUACAGACGGGAAGUACUUUGAGUUUGCCCACUUCUCUGUUCGCGAAUUUCCGGAAGACGAGAAAGCAAUCUUUCAAACAACUGGCAUCGAAAAAUACUGGAUUGCCCGAUCGACAACUCAAUCACUUCUUGCUACGCAGUGCUUGAGGUUUCUCCAGAUGAAGAACUUUGACAGGAUACCUGAAGAGCCAAACGCACAAGUCGCUGCUACUCGCCAAAGGGACGAGUGCUACCCAUUCUACAGACAUGCCGCCCUCUUAUGGAUCAAGCUCACAAAAGGUGGACUUGGCGACUCUGAAAUUCUGGACUUAGCAAAGUCUUUGUUCCAGCCUUCCAAGCGAGCAUAUUUCAUGUGCUGGGCUGUUGAGGUCUUCAAGAACGUAAUGUAUGCCACUGGUAUCGGCUCGAGAUAUGACCCAAAGAACGAGACAGAAGUACAUGCAUAG